UUUCAGUUGGUUAUUGCGUCAGGUCAGUUGGUUGUAGUGUCUGGAGUGCUUCAGUCAUUUUUUUCCGAAAACAGUUCCUACUUAAAUUUUUCUUUCGAAUUCAAAAACAUCGUACUUAAUUUACAUACCAACUACCAACAAACUUAAACUAAUAUUAAACUUAGUUUAGAAAAAAUAAACAUAAAUCCCCAAAUAAAUCUUAGAAAAAUUAAUGUAGAGAAAAUAAUAUAAAAAAAGGAAAAAAAUUAAAAAAAAACAUUACAAAUGUUUGCGUGAUAAAACAUUCUAAAAAUUUUAAGAAACCCAAAAGAAACAAAACUCUCCCUACAAACACUCCAAAUAAAAAUCCAAAAUAUAUAUAUAAAAACAACUGGCAACAGAGAGAAACAAUGUUUUACGACCUUUUGACAAGAAAUUCCAAUGAAUAUUUCUAUCAAGGUCCGGCAGGUCGAAAAAAAGGUGAAAGAGCUAAACACGAACACGAGGCAGAAGAAAAAGAAUUUAUAAAUUUCUUCUCCAAGCAGCAGCAAAACACCUUUGGGCCGCAAGAAACAAGGCAGAAAUUAGAAAGAGCUGCCAACAAAAUGGCUGUUAAUAAGAAACAACAAACAAUAAUGAUGGCGUCUCAAGAUGAGCGCGAGGAGUCAAAGGAUAAGAAGACGCCAUCGUUAGAGCAAGAAAUGAAUUUGGCUCGAAGGGCAUGUUGGUGCAAUAAUAAUUUGGAUGACUUAAAGGGUCAACAACAACAAGAACAACAAUUAAAACAAAAAUGCUGUGAGAAUUGCUUUAAACGUCUAAAUGAGGACAACAAACACGAUAAUGAUAAUGUAAAUGAAAAAGAAAAUGUUAUUAAUGAAAAUGAAGAGAAUGAUGAAGAUGAUGAAGAAGAUGAUGAUGUUAAUGAACAACGGUUUUGAAUGGUGCUAAAAACUUUAGUAAAAAUAUUAAUAAACUUAAUAAAACUACUAAUAAUGAUAAUACAACCACAACUACAACAACUAUAAAUAGUAAUAGUAAAAUGUUUAGUAAUACAAAUACUACCACAACUACAAAUAGUUUAAGUAAAAGAAAAAAUCUUAUAAAUAAGCACAAAAUGGAGCCAGGAAAUGAAACUACAACAAUUUCCUCUUCCUCUUCUACAAAAUCCAAAGAUGCUGCUAAUAAUUCCUCUGUCUCUGACUCUGCCUCCUCCCCCACCACUGUAAAUAAUAAUAAUGCCACAAAUUGCAAUAAUAGUCUUAGCAACAACAACAACAGCAACAAUAACUUCAUGGCCUAUUUGCGUGUUCUGCUACUACAACUGUGGUUGGCAUUUGUGGAAUUUUGUGAUAAAAACACUAUUAAAAAGAAUGAUCCACGUUUUGCUCCCUAUCGUCCCACGGAACAAAAACAAGAUCAGCAGAAAUCACAACAACAACAACAACAGAAUUCAACUCCUAAUAAUUCCUCCUCAACGAAAGCGAAAAAACCCUUUCAAUUCAAAUUGUUGACAAAUAAGAAAAUGAUUUUCUUAUUUAUUGUCUGUGUUUUCUUUUCCUGUGUCAAUCGCAUUGAAGCCCGUCCAAAUUUGGAAAGUUCUAAUAAUGCUAUAGUGGGCGAAGCCUCACCUGGCAUAGUUGCUACCAGUGAUGGCGGUGCAACUGUUAAGGCCAUGGAUAAUAGUGUUUCCGGUAAAAGUAAUUCUCCUGUAAGUGACUCCUCAAUACCACCGUCACAAAAUGAACUACACAACAAACAUACCGCUCAUGCUGCGCAUGAAGCACGUUCAGACGAUGGUGAGGAAGAAGGUGGUCAUCAUGAUCGUUAUCCCUUGGCUCAAGUGGAAUUUGAUCGAGUUAAAACACCAUUCAUUAUUGGUGUUUGGAUUCUAUCGGCCAGUAUAGCAAAAAUUGGUUUCCAUAUGACACCAAAAUUGCAUCUUAUAUUCCCAGAAUCUUGCCUUUUAAUUGUUGUUGGUGUUGUUAUUGGUGUUGUGCUCUUCUUCUGUACAGAUGUCGCGGUUUCUCCUCUAACACCUAAUACAUUCUUCUUCUAUAUGUUGCCACCGAUUAUAUUGGACGCGGGUUACUUUAUGCCGAAUCGUUUGUUUUUCGACAAUUUGGGUACAAUUCUACUGAUGGCUGUUGUCGGUACAAUUUUCAAUAUUGCAACAAUUGGCGGUUCAUUGUAUGCCUGUGGUCUGAGUGGUAUUUAUGGUAGUGAUGCUGAAACUCCUAAAUUAUUGGAUACAUUUAUCUUUGCCUCUCUUAUAUCGGCUGUGGAUCCUGUGGCUGUGUUGGCUGUCUUUGAAGAAAUUCAUGUCAAUGAAAUUUUGUAUAUUGUCGUCUUUGGUGAAUCAUUACUUAAUGAUGCUGUUACGGUCGUCAUGUAUCAUAUGAUGGAAGUUUAUAAUCACAUCGGUAUAUCGGAAAUUAUAGCUCAAGAUGUUGUCAAUGGUGUUGGUUCAUUCUUUGUGGUGGCAAUUGGCGGUACUGUUAUUGGUAUCAUUUGGGGCUUCCUGACUGGUUUGGUAACACGUUUCACCGAUCACGUGCGUGUUAUAGAACCCAUCUUUAUCUUUGUCAUGGCAUAUUUAGCAUAUUUAAAUGCUGAAAUAUUCCAUAUGAGUGGUAUUUUAGCUAUUACGUUCUGCGGUAUUACCAUGAAAAAUUAUGUCGAAUCGAAUAUAUCACAAAAAUCGCAUACAACCGUCAAAUAUGCAUUAAAAAUGAUAUCAAGUUCCUCGGAAACAGUUAUAUUUAUGUUCUUGGGUGUAGCCACCGUUAAUAAUAAUCAUGUAUGGAAUACCUGGUUUGUUCUAUUAACCAUAUUGUUCUGUUCAUUCUUUAGAGUUAUAGGUGUCAUUGUCCUAUCCGCCAUAGCAAAUCGUUUCCGUCUACAUAAACUAUCUCGCGUCGAUCAAUUCGUUAUGUCGUAUGGUGGUUUACGUGGUGCCGUUGCCUUUGCCCUCGUCCUGUUAAUCGAUGAACGUGUUGUGCCUCAAAAGAAUAUGUUUGUUACCACUACCAUUGCUGUGAUAUACUUUACCGUGUUCUUGCAGGGCAUCACCAUUAAGCCGCUCGUUAAAAUUUUAAAUGUUAAACGUGCGAAUAAACGUAAACCCACCAUGAAUGAACGUAUACAUGAAAGAUUUAUGGAUCAUUUAAUGGCUGGCAUUGAGGAUAUUAUUGGUAAAACUGGCAAUUACAAUGUGCGUGAUAAAUUCAAACGUUUCGACAAUCGUUUCAUACGUCCUCUGUUGAUAAGAGAUCUUAAGGGUGCCGAACCGAAAAUUAUUGAAACCUAUUCGAAAUUAACCAUGCGUGAUGCUAUCGAAGUAAUGCGUCGUAAUCCCUCAACAAUUGGUCAAAUAACAGGCACAGAAUCGAUGAGUGCCUUAUUUAGAAAUUACACCAAUAAUUGUAUUGGUGGAAGUCCCAGUCUUACAAAUUUGGAUAAUACCUGUUCGCGUAAUUUGGAUAUGCAUGAAUUGGAUUAUAAUCCCUCCAAAAAGGAUCUUACCGAUGCCAGAAUACAUCAUUUAUUGGCUGAAGAAUUGAAACCUUAUAGAAGGGCCUCUAUACAAAUGCACCGUCGUCUUAGUUAUAGCCGUCACGCCGUAGAUGACAGAGAUCUAUCCACACAGGUGAAUUAUAAAAUGCAAAUGAAUUUCCGUCGCAUGUUCAACGACCGUAAACAUCAUAAACGCAGCAAACGUGGUGCUAGUAAGCAUCAAGAUGGCGUUAAACAAAAUCAUGUCUCAUUCCAUGAUUUCCAACAGAAUGGAACAACGAAACAAUUCUCGCACGGUACGAGUAAGAAUGAAACAAAUUUACGCAAAAAACUAAUCAGAAAACAUUCUCACAAUUCACUUAACAAAUAUCGUAGAUUAGAAAUAGACAAUUAUAUUAAUGAAGUUCUUAGUGACACAGUCGAGGAAAAUCCAAAUAAACUCACCGAAGUUACUGUAGUAGGAGCCAACGAUGACUGGGAUGAUGGUCUUACAUUUACGGCGAAAUCAUCACCGGAUUCGGAUCGUGCCAAUAAUAAUUCAUUAAUUGCUCAUAUACAAAAUCUACCCGGUUUUGAUGCUUCUAAAGCUCGAAUUGUUCAACAUUAUGCCGCACCAUCGUCGUCGUCACAGCACAACAGUUCUUGUGAAAGUCCGGAAAAACUACUUUCACCCGAUGAUCCUCCGAUUGGCCCCACAGCGGCCGAACUUAUAUUACCCUGGCGCAGGGAUCGUUCCUAUCAAAGCAUUGCAGAGAAUGCCAUACCCGAAGAAGAUCGCAAUCUUCGGGAUUCGGGUGAUGAACGACGUGUUGCCACACCCACAGCCACCGAAUCACAAUUACCAUGGAAACGUCAAGGUGAUGAGAUAUCUGAUGCUGUACAACAAAAUGAAUUCCCUGCAUGGGCCUCAAAUAAAGAAUAUUUGGCCUAUAAUUCACCAAGUGCUACAUUUUUAGGUGGUAUAAAUAAACCUAAACAGCCCAAGUCCGUCAUAGGUCUUUUCCGUCGUGAAAGUUCUGGUUCUCGUGGUGGCAACAGUAUUGGUGGCACUGAUGGCUUAGAUGGAGCCUGUUCUGCCCGAGGUUCGGAUCCAGCUUUAGCAGCUGCUCUAAGCAGCAUGGUUGUGCCUUCAACUGCAUAUAAUCCUCGCCUUGACAAACGUUCCCAAUCGAUAUCAUCUGGCUCGGGCAUAAGUGAGGGUCAUGCCGGUCCCUUCCCUGUGACAGCCAGUCAUCGUCGUAAUGUGCGUCGUGGUUCUAUGCUAGAAUUAAGCGGAGACACUAUCCCCGAGGAAUCUUAUUACCAUGGACACUCAAAAUCGCUAUGUGAACCGGCUGGCGAAGAAUGGGAGUCCGUAUUAGCCGAUGCGGAGAAAGCCGACUAUGCCAGCGGGAAUAGUGAUAAACUACUAAAGGCCAGCAGUGGACGAGAACCUCUACUGCCCAAAUUAACACCAAGAGCUCAAAUAAGACGUAACAUGGGUGGUGCUAUGGGUGGCAGUAAUAAAAAGAAUCAAGUAACAACAGCUCUGCUAUCCAGCACCAAUUCCGAUUAUGAUGAUGAUGAAGAAGAGGAUUUUGAUUUGUAUGAUGAUGAAAAUAUAGUAGUAACCACCACCACAACAACAGCAGCAGCAGCAAAUGAACCCAGCAAUCGUUUAACGAGGCCGGGUCUAAUGGAGGAGCAUCUAAAUCCUACCACCACCACCACCUCUAUUCGUUUGACACGCAAUAAUGAUGAAAGUAUUAUUUGAGUGGAUGAGCAGCAGCUGGACAAAGAGCAGGACAAUAAAGUUAAACAUAAUAAAAAAUACCAGCAAAUGUUUAAAACAAAUUAUGAAGAAGGUGAAGAUUAUGAAGAAGAACACGAUGAUGACGAUGAUAAUGAAGAUGAGGAAGAUGAAGAAGAUAUAGAAAAACAAGAACAACAAUAUCUACUUAUGGGUUCUAGAAAAUCUAGAAAUUUCUUUAAGUAUGAAAUGUUUUAUUAAAUAAUUUUAAACAAAAAAAAUCUUUGUAAAUGUGUUACAAACAUGUGUAUAGGAAAAACUAAAACAAAAACAACAAAUUAUGUUAAUAGAGUUAAAUAUCCCGAGCAGGCAUUGAUUUGCAUGAAAAAAAAAAUGUUAAAAGCAGAGCGGUCCAAACUUUAGGCACUUUUAGUAGUUUUAUUUUUAAAAACCACAUUAAACAAAUUGUAAAGUUAUUUAAGAAU